AUGGACAUCUCACCACCCCAUCGGUAUUCCCACGGAUCCCGCGAGAACCACGCCAUCACACCAGACAUGGACAACCUCGGUCCCAACUCACCAGGCGGCGGAAUCAGCGGAAUCGCCCUAGGAAUUGCCAAUACACACAGUCGCGAGAGCGGCAUCGAAGCAUCUCAAGGCGCAAACGACGGAUACACCGGCCCCGCAGAGCGCGACUUUAACACUACCGGCUCCGACACACCCUACAUACCUUCAACAGGCUAUACCAACGCCGACUCGUUUCAUCCAGAACAUGCCCACGCAUCGAAUAUGGCGAGAGGCGGCGCACUCGCCUCGCCCGCCUUGCAGACGCCCAGUCAAUCGUCGGGGCAUCUGAGCGAUCCCACGCACAGCACAUACCAAUACCCCGCACCGUAUGCGGGUCUCACUGAUGGACCUUAUCAGCGUCAUUCAACGGCGUACAGCAAUGGCGACAUCUCCAAUAUUAACCCCGAUGACAUCGCCGAUGAUGGGGAGGAGGACUUUGCUCCCCCCCGCACUCGUGGUGCCUCUGCAGCGGCCGGUGCGACUGGUGGCGCCACUGCUGACGGGCGCAAGAAGAUGGGCUGGAUCGUCGGUCUUGUUCUUGGGUUUGUGAUUCUGGGUGCGAUCGUCGGUGGCGCGGUGGGCGGUACAAUUGGUAACCGGCAUAGCGAGAAAAAGUCGACGGCUGCCGGUGCGGAUACUGCUACAGGUGAUACGACGACCAAUGGGGAUCUUGACAAGGAUUCCUCGGAGAUCCAGGCCCUGAUGGGUAACCCGAAUCUCCACAAGGUCUUCCCAGGAAUGGAUUACACACCGUGGGGCGUGCAGUACCCGGACUGUCUGAAGUGGCCUCCGUCACAGAAUAAUGUCACCCGUGACAUGGCUGUCUUGUCGCAGUUGACCAAUACGGUGCGUCUUUACGGGACGGACUGCAAUCAGACUGAAAUGGUUCUCCAUGCGAUCGAUCGUCUCGAGUUGACGGAUAUCAAACUUUGGCUCGGCGUGUGGAUUGAUUCGAAUACCACCACGACUGAACGGCAGAUCAAUCACCUCUACACGCUUCUAAAUGAUACCAAGCACACCCCCAUAUAUAAGGGUGUCAUUGUUGGUAACGAGGCCCUCUACCGCGCCGGCAAUAGCAAGCAGUCUGCGGAAACGACCUUAAUCUCGUACAUCAGAGAGGUGACGACGGAGGUCAAGAACCGCAAUCUGGAUCUGUUGAUUGCAACCUCCGACCUCGGCGAUAACUGGAAUGCGCAGUUAGUUGAGGAAGUGGACGUCGUCAUGUCGAACGUCCAUCCCUUCUUCGCCGGUGUCAACGUCGACGCUGCGGUGGGAUGGACAUGGGAUUUCUGGCAGACCCACGACGUCUCCUUGACCAAGGGCACGAAUAAGAAGCAGAUCAUCUCAGAGGUCGGAUGGCCCAGUGGUGGCGGCAAGGACUGCGGUGGUAGCAGUGUCUGUGACGACGACACGCCUGGUUCUGUCGCCAGUAUCGAGAACAUGAACACUUUCAUGUCUGACUGGAUCUGUCCUGCGCUGGAAAAUGGAACCGAUUAUUUCUGGUUCGAGGCCUUCGAUGAACCAUGGAAGAUCCAGUUCAACACGCCCGGAAAGGAAUGGGAGGACAAAUGGGGUCUGAUGGACUCGGGUCGCAAUCUGAAGAAGGGCCUCACGAUCCCAGACUGCGGCGGCAAGACGGCAUCAUAA